UUUAAUCUCGAGUAUUACCGCAGGCUGUGAUGCUCUCCUGCCCGCACCCGCUGGGUUCCGUCUACCGCCGCUUACGUCACAACAGACAGACCCAAACACCAAUAGCAUUGCAGCAAAUGCGACUGUGCCCAAUCAUUGGAGGUCUAUUCACACUGUGGGCGGGCUUUAGCAUUUAAAAUAGCCAAUCAUAAUGCUAGCGGUCCGUGCAGAAGCCAAACUAAAUAUUUGUAGUUUUGAACGCAGCACAACAAACAAACAAAGACACAAACAAAUAGACAGGGUCACGUGUGUUGUGUAGGAUUGUUUUAUGAGAUGUGAAGCGUUUAUUAGCCGCUCAGAGGCUUGUGCUCUUUUUUUAUUUUCAUCAGGCAGAUCUGUCGGCUACUGCGACAUGGUUCCGCUGUUUUAUUUACCAGGCUUCGCGGUGGCUCACACAUUUAACGGAACAAUGCAGAAAUCGUUAAAAUAACGGGAUUCUUACGGUAUGGUUACUGUGGGCAGCUGAGCUGUCGCCAUGGUGGUGGAGGUGGAAGGUUUCUAUGGGGUGUACAUGCUGUACUGCAUCAACCCCGCAUUCAAGGGCCGCAUCUACAUCGGCUUCACCGUGAACCCCGAGCGGCGCAUAGGACAGCACAACGCCGGGAGGCACCGCGGGGGGGCCAAGAAGACCAGCGGGAGAGGACCGUGGGAGAUGGUCCUCAUCAUCCACGGCUUCCCCUCUGACAUUGCGGCCCUCAGGUUUGAGUGGGCGUGGCAGCACCCUCAUUCCUCCAGGAGGCUCUCGCACGUCUCUCGGCGCUCCAGAAAAGAGUCGAGCCUGGCGUUCCACUGGCGAGUCGUCACCAGCAUGCUGAGGGUGGCGCCGUGGAACAGAAUGCCGCUGACGGCCCGCUGGCUCAAACAGGAGUACAGGAUGGACUUUGAGGCCGGCCUGCAGCCUCCCCUCCACAUCCCCAUCACCUUUGGCACCGUGAGAGCCAAGAAGGGACCCCCACUGCCGUCUCAGGAUGAGGAAGAGGAGGAGGCGUCCAGGUGUUUUCUCUGCAAGGGGCUGGUGAAGGUGUCAGAGAAGCUGAGGUGUGUCCAUCCAUCCUGCGGGAUGAGCGGUCACGUGAUCUGCCUCGCCAGACAUUUCCUGAAGUCGGAGCCAUCCCAGCUUCUACCGGUCGAGGGAGAGUGUCCGUCCUGUGGCAGCUCGGUGCUGUGGGGAAGUCUCAUCCGCCAUAAACACGGCUUCUCCGACCUGGAGGAGGUCACGCUGUCUGCAUCCCAGAGCCACUGGGCAGAUGAACUGCAGAUAUGAAGAAGCGGAGCCUUCAAAGAUGAGCUGGUUUCCUGUGGACAGCACAGCCCUGUCAGAAACACCAGGAACGUGCUUCCAGCAUGACCUGCGGUUUACGGACACUGUCAGUGGACUGGCAUUAAUAUAGAGCUUUAUUAGUGUGACUGACCACUCAAAGCACUUCAGACUAAAAGCCACAUUUCACCAUGAAUUAUAUAUUAUCAUUAUUCUAUACUUCAGGCACUUUUACCUCCCUCUCAUCCACCAUCUCCAGUUGACCUCGUCAUAGUGUGAGGGGCUGGAUAGACUCUGGACUAUUACAGGACCAGCAGAGAGAUGCAGGCAACCAUUCACACUCACACCUACGGUCAGGUUACAGUCCCCGGGGUCAAAGGUUAAUAUCAUGCAUGUGUUUGGACUGGGAGAGCAGCACACAGAGGAAACCCACACAGGUACACGGAGAACAUGGGAACUCCUCAUGGCAAGGCCUCCGUCGAUCAGGAGACUCAAACCUUGCUGUGAGUUGAUGGUGCUAACGCCUCUCCACCUCGCUGCCCUCCUAUCUCUGGCUGCCAUUCAUCUUUAUAACGGUCGUCCUGUAACUUGAUGCAUUUUGUGACCAUCAGUAUGAUUAUUUUAUCUCUCAGUGAGACAGCCACAUCAAACUGAGCAGAUUUCGUGCACCCGUGGUCCCAUGAAGCUAUUUAUUAUUGUUGUUAUUGUUGAACUGAGCACAAGCGGUGUAGUGUUAGCACGUCUUCUCCCAGAACCCUGAAGCUUGAACCUGCUGCUGGUCUGGAGUCUCUGUGGAUUUCCUGCCACAGUAAAUCAUGCAUUAACUGGUGAUUCUCAGUUAGCUGUAAGUGUAUGAAAGGAUAUGAAAGCUGAUUGGUUGAAUCUCUGUCCAGGAUGCACCCAGCGACAGCUCCAACAGCCUCCAGCCUUUUGUUGCUGUUUCUGUCACUUCCUCUGAUUUUUAAUCAUGCAAAAAGCAGAAUAAAAUCUUCCGUUUUAAUACACGA